GGAGAGGUCGUGGAGGCUUCUCGCAGCGGUUUGGGGGGAAUGACUCGCGCGCGUCGUCUAUGUCGAGGCGGAGUCGGUCGGUUAUUGAUUUGGGGAGUGGGGCCGUUAGUCGGGAUGUUUCGUCCGAUGAGAGUGAUACCGAUGUUCGCAUUAGUAUCGACCAGAUUAAUUUGGAUAGCUCGGAUGAUGAAGGCCAGGAGGUCGUGGAUAAGAAGAAGGGCAAGGUCGCUGUUAAGGGCGCGGGGGCGUCGGGCGAGAAAGGCCUGCGGCCUAUCCGCGUCGAGAGACAUGAGCAUGAGGAACGGGUGGUCAGUGUCAAUAUGGAGUCCAGCUCGAGUAAAUCCGCCGAGCUCCGUGAGCAGGCGAAGGGCAAAGCCGCUGAGGACGAUGCGCUCUUCGUGCAGGAUGAUGACGAGUCCCCGGCUCAGCAGCCUGAGACUGAACCGAAGGUGAAGCCGGAGCCCACCGACGACGACGACCAGCACAUGGCGGAUGUUGCGCCGCACGCGGAUGAAUCCAUGAUCACGGACGAUGGGUUCCUGCCGGUGCAAACUGUCAAGGUGCGCCGGAAGCUAGACUCCAAGGAGCCGUCCGAGCCACCCGUCGUCAAGGAGGAGAAGAGUCUCCUGCGCACGAAGGAAGACAUCGAGGAAUACGAGCGCCACGCACAGGACCUGCUGGUCAUCAAGGAUCUACUCUGGAAGGAGCCGCCAGCCCCCGCCGCGGAGGCGAAAGAGCCUAACGCCGAACAGCCCGAAGCAUCUACCAGCGGACCAGACGUCGCCGCCACCGAGUCAGAAAAGGACGGGGAAAAGCCCGAAGGAGAAGAAGCCGAGAAGAAGGACGAAGAAGAAGCCGAAGACAAGCUCUCCGGCCAGCUCUUCCUCAUGCAGUUCCCGCCCAUGACGCCCAAUCUGGUCGCCCCCGGCGAGGCUUCUUCUGCACCCACCGAGAACGCCACCGAAGCAGCACCACCACAACAACCCACCGGCGAGACAGCCCCGCAGCCCGACGCCCCCGUGAAGCAAGAAUACGGCGUCGAGGUCCUCGACGGGCCGGACGAGUCUUCCGCGACGCGCGAACCGCCCCGCGUCGUCACGGCCACCGACUGGCAGCUCAAUGCGGGCCGCGUCGGCAAACUGAACGUGCAUGCCUCGGGCCGGGUUACCAUGACGUGGGGCGGGAUCAGCUUCGAGCUGGACCGUGCUACGGCUGUGGAUUUCCUCCAGGAGGCGGUUAUCGCGUCGACGCCGCCGGGGGCGUCGGUGGAGGAUGAGCCUGAGGAGGAGAGGAAGGUGUGGGCUAUGGGGCAGCUUAGUGGGAAGUUCACUGUUAUGCCUAAUUGGGGAGAGAUGUUGUAGGUGUCAGAGUGUGCCGGCUUACUUUGUUU